CUCUGAGAUUCAGUGGUGAGCUUAGGAGUUUGGAAACAGAAGAUUUUCAACUAUGAAUGCAGCAAAAACAGCAUUUCUACUCUUCUUGUUUGGUUGCUUUUCAUUCGGGCUUUGUAAAAAAUACAAAGUGUUUGUUAUGACCGGUUACCGUGGCACCAGUUCCCGCGUUGAGCUUCGAUUAAUUGGUGAAAAAGGUCAGACAGCAUCACGUGUUGUGCAACCCAACGGAGGAGCAUUUAAAUCUUACAGUAAGAAUAUAUUUGAUAUAGAUGACAAAGACGUUGGGAAAAUAACCGCAGUUGAAGUCUACCUGAGUAGUGGAUUAUGGUAUAUAAGAAAAAUAAUUGUUAAGUUUUCAGUGGGAGGAAAAAAUGUUUACAAGUCUUUUAAUUAUGAAAAGACGGUUUCAUCAGGUCGGACAACACUCGGAGGCAGAAGAUGCCCAGCUCUUCCUAAAGUUCAAAAUAGCUUUUAUCUACCUCCUGACUGUGGUGUUAACGGUGGACGAUACAAAGGAAGAGAAUGUAGACAAUACUGUAAUAGUGGAUACGGGAARGUCGGAGGAGACGAUUCACGUGUAUGUCAGAAGGAUGGCACGUGGAAUGGAUCACCAAUAUCAUGCAAGAGAAUUUGGCCAGAUCCUUGGAUUACUUGUCCUUCUUUCGUCUCCGUUGAUCUUCCACCUGGCAAAAACACAACUUCAGUGGGCUCCAAGUGGGAGCUUCCCCGUUCGAAUUAUAAAAACUUCACCAUUGUUUCCCCUGUUGGAGCUGAUGGUCAGUACCAGUUUCCCGCCGGUGAAACGAGAGUCGAGUGGGCCGUCACUAAUCCUGAUGGCAAAACCAAGAAAUGUUGGUAUAAUGUGCGAGUUCAUGAUAAAGAGCCACCAAAGAUUGUUUCCUGCCCUGCUCCAACCGUAUAUUACCCUGUCUAUACAAAAGGUCCAUACCAUAUUACUUACAA